UGAGUCUAUAAUACAGAGACAGUGAGUGGUGUCGAGUUUGAAUAAAUUCAAGGUGAUGAAUUUCUCAAUUCCUUUGGUUUUGUUGCUUUGCAUUUUAGCAACUGCUGCGGAGGCCCUAGGCACUCGCUUGACGAUAAGAGAGUCGUCUUCAGGCUGCAAAGCGGGGUGGAAAAAAUAUCAAAACCAUUGUUAUGCAUUUUUUGACCAGAACGUCAAUUGGUUUCAAGGACAGAUGUAUUGUAAUGAACUUGGUGGAACUUUAGUGAAUAUCGAAAAUUUUGAAGAAAACGCAUGGAUCGCAACACAAUUUACACAAAACUCUAUAUGGAUUGAUGCAACAGACAUUGGAAACGAGGGAGUUUGGAGAUCUUUUUCCACUUGUCAACCCACGCUCAAUAAUUGGUCGGCAGGAAACCCUAAUAACUGGCGUGGAUCCCAAAACUGCGCAACAAUCAACUAUGGAGGUCCAGGAAUGUGGGAUGAUGACAAUUGCUUCAAAAACCGUCCAUUUAUUUGCGAAUCAUUGGGAAAUGCGUGAUGACUGUGUAAGCAGAAAAGCCAGACAGUUUUUCAAAUAAAUCAUACUGAAGAAA